AUGAUAUGUUGGAACACUCGGGUGAUGUUUAUGAACGCAGCCUUAUUAGUUGAAGUUCCUGCAGCAGCAAUGGGCAGACCAAAAAGUGAGGGCAGUGUGCCCGAAAAAGGCACACGGUUGCCGCGUAUACCGCGUAUACCGCGGAUUUCAACCGUGGUUCAGCCGCCGACUCCGCCAGCCGCAUCAGCCCCGGCCGCGGCCCCAGCCCUGGCCACGACCACGGCCACGGCUCCGGUCCCGGCCUCGGCACCAGUCCCAGCCCGGGCACCAGUCGCAGCCACGGCCCCGGCCCCGGCACUAGUCCCUGGGGCCCAGGCACCAGUCCCAACCACGGCCCCGGCUCCGGUUCCAGUCCCGGCAGAGCGCUCGAUUUUGCGCGAGAGCAACAUUUUUAACAAGCGUGUCAACGAAGCCGUACGGCGGGCGCUAAAUAAGGACCGGCGUAUGGCGAAAAAACGUGCGCCGUUGGCGUACGCACCGCCGCCACUACCGUUGUCCAUGUGGAUGUACGCACCGCCGUCGUCGGUGUACGCACCGCCGCCGCCGCCGUCGGUGUACGCGCCGUAUACGUACUAUACUCUACCACCUCGAAUGU